UUUCUUCCAUUCUUCUCACCCUCAUCAACUCCAACUUACCUUUCACCCUCCUUAUAAUACUCAUGGCUUCUCUUGCGAUAUUUGCCGUAAGAUCGGCACAAACCACUGGCUAUAUCGAUGCGCUCCCUGCGGCUUCGACGCUCAUCUCGACUGUGCCACCGCCACAAAUAUAACCCCAGCUCGGACACAGGUGACCCAGAGGCCUGGAGGGAUGAUUUAUUACGGCCAUAGCCAGAGUACGGGAAGCAUAAACUCAACUCAGCAGAUGGGUGUUGCUAAUGGACCUGGAAAUGAUUUGGCGAACGUUGCGGUUCAAGGAUUUGUAGAAGGAGCAGCUCAGCAGGUUGGUCAGAGUUUUGUGCAGAAUCUAAUGGGUGAUGGAAAUGGCGGGGGAAACGUCGGGGAUAAUAACUGUAAUGGUGAUGCUUCUGGUACUGUACCGUCUGUGUCUGUGAUCAGCGUCGGGUCUUCGAUUUUAAGCGGCGUGUUUGGUGACUCGGAAAACCAAAAUUAGGAGGCUGUUUGGGGAGAGAGAAAAUGUAAAGGGGGCUUUAUGACGUCCAGAGAAGAUGUUGUUGAAUAAAUUAUUUAUUAACUA